GCUCGUGUCUCAUCUUAUGGCCUUUAAAAAGGAUCAUAGUAUAGCUUGGACUCUUUCUGCCGUCUAUGAUCUCUUUCAAUCUCUCAUCUAAGAUCAACCUAUCAUCUAAGUUCUCUCUCUCUUGAUCAGUAUUUUCAUCUCUCUUUCUCAUCAAUGGGUUCGAAUUUUCAUUACUCUAUAGAUCUAAACGAAGAUCAAAGCCAUCAUGAAGAGCCCUUUUUCUAUCCUCUUGGAUCCUCUUCGUCUCUUCUUCAUAAUUAUCAAGUUCCUUCUAAUUCUUCGUCGUCCAUUUCUUCUCUCUCCUCUUAUCUCCCUUUCUUGAUCAACUCUCAAGAAGAUCAACAUGUUGCCUAUAACAACACUUAUCAAUACGAGCAUCUCAAUUUUUCUCAACCCCUAAAGGCCAACAUGUUUAACGGUGGAUCAUCAUCAUCUUCAUACGAUCAUAUGGUGCCAAAGAAGGAGAAAAGACUGAAACUAACGAUAAGGAAAAAAGAUCAUCACGACGAUCAAACCGAUUUUCUUCAUCAAAACCCGACAAAACCCAAUUCAGAGUCCGACAAGUGGAUGAUGUCCCCAAAGAUGCGGUUGAUUAAGAAAACAAUCACCAACAAUAAACAGCCCACUGAUCAGGCUAAUAACAACAAUAAUCGUAAUCAUAAAGAAGAUCACUACCCUUUAAAUCAGAAGACUAGUUUCGAAAAAGAUCACGAUGAAGAUCUCAAGAAAGUCACGACCAAGACGACCACGGCCGUCACCACGGAAAAUCGCUACAAUACAAUCAAGGUUAAUGGUUAUGGUAAUAACAAUGGCGUGAUUAGGGUUUGUUCCGAUUGUAACACUACCAAGACUCCUCUUUGGCGAAGUGGGCCUCGAGGUCCCAAGUCUCUUUGUAACGCAUGUGGCAUAAGACAAAGAAAGGCGAGGAAGGCCGCAAUGGCUGCAGCCGUCGCUGCGGGCGACCAAGAGGUGGUGGCGGCACAGCUGCAACAGAUACUUGCGAAAAAAAAGUUGCAAAGCAAGAAAAAGCGAUCUAAUGGAGGAGACAAAUUUAAUCUCUCUCCUCCGAUAAUGGCCAAGACAAAAAAGUGCAAGAUCAAAGAACAAGAACAGGAAGACACGACCACGGUUGCCGGAGAUUCAGAAAUUAGCAAAUCAACAACCUCUUCUGAUUCUUCAAUCUCGUCGAACAAGCUGUGCUUCGAUGACUUGGCGAUAAUGUUGAGCAAAAGCUCAGCUUAUCAACAAGUGUUCCCACAAGAUGAGAAGGAAGCUGCUAUUUUGCUCAUGGCUCUGUCGCAUGGAAUGGUUCAUGGCUGAUCAGAUCAUUACACGAUAUCUUCUGGUUACAGAAAAGAGGUUUACUUCAUAAUUAUAUAUACCAUAGUAAGCAAAAUAAUGAUUGAUUGUUAAAUCUUGGAGUGAUUAAUGUAGUUUUUGCAGUUGGUCUAAUAUGAGAAGUCAAGACAUUAUAUAAUAAGAGUGUGCGAGAGUUCAAUAUAAUAAUUAAUAUAUCUAUAGAUGUUUUGGGAGAUUUUGGUUUAGGGUUUAUGUUGUGUUUUUUCCCAGAUGGAGCAUUAAUCACUAGAUAAUGUGCGAAUGUUCUUGCUUAUUUACAUCUUUAUAUUUAGUGUUACGUGAUAUAAGAAAUAAUUUAAUCA